AUUAAGUUGGGUGUGGUAAUUGUGUGACCGCGAAACCCGCGAAACCCGAUUAAAAAUAUUGUUAUAAUUAUUACGAUUAUUACGAGUGUCAAACAAUGGCUACCAAAGUGAGUGCACCUGUUAAGCCACCUUUUCCACCUAAACCUGCUCCAAAACCGGGCAAGGUGAAAGUCGUCAGAGCUCUGUAUAAAUAUACUGCGCUACGUCCAGAUGAGCUGUCAUUUGAAGAAGAUGAGGUACUCUACGUCUAUGACCAAGACACAGAUCCAAAUUGGUGGAAGGCCAAAUGUAAUAAUCGUGAAGGGCUAAUACCUGCCAAUUAUGUCGAAGAACAAACACAAGAAGUCGAGUUACCACUCCAUGAAGCUGCCAGACGUGGAAACAUAUCAUUCUUGAAAGAAUGCUUGAAAGGCGGAGUCUCGGGUACUGGCUUGGACUCUGCAGGCAAUGUUCCAUUAUAUUGGGCCUCUAGAGCGGGUCAUAUCGACUGUGUUAAAGAGCUCUUGAGUCUGCCAAAUUCUGCAGUCGAUGCACAGAAUAAAAUGGGAGAUACACCAUUACAUGCAGCCGCGAACCAUGGACAUUUAGAAGUUGUACAAAUGUUGCUGGAAGCCGGAGCUGAUGCCAGUCUCAGGAAUAGUGAUAAUUUAACACCAGAAGAACUGGCUAGCAACCCAGCAGUUAUAAAUACUAUACAAAUGAGUUACAGGGAAUAUUCUGCUAAUCAUUGUUAUGAUGAAAACGACUAUGAAGAUGAAAGUGAUUGAUGAAGAAAGUAGCAGUCAUAUAUUUACAACGAUUUCAAUGCCGUCAAUAAGUAGCCUUUCCCGAUGUACAUCUAUUUUUUUAGGAGCCUUUUCCAACUCUUCAUUGAACAUAUUGCAUAAAACAGAAAUGAAAUUCCGUGUUCAUUGUAACACAAAAGUGAUAAAAUGUGAGUUUAACUGUGAAAAGUUCAGCCUGCAUAAUAACACACAUACCAUUCCGAAUGUGAGCUCGAAAAUACUAUUAUUAUUGUAGCUUUAAGUACGUAUUUUACAUCGAGGAUCUCAACAGAGUACUUCUACCAGGGUAUUAAUAAAGUCUUUAGUAUAGUCUAAGUAUUUUAAAAUUUUACAAUGUUAAAAUUAACAACAAGUCAUGCGAAGUUGAAAACUUUCUCAAGAAAUAACGUUUUUAUUAAAUUAUAGUAUAAAGAUAUAAUACAUUUUUUUUUGGAUCUCCCCCGUAAGCUGUGAAAAUAUUGCAGAUAUGUAUUUAAUUUUUGAGAGUUUAAUAAAUACUGAUAUAAUAGGUCAAUUCAUUCUCGCAACUAACAAUGAAUAAGUAAACGAUUAGGAAAAGACACUUGGUAUUAUUCAACAUAUAUUUAACAAUAUGUUAGAUAAUCAAGCAUUACUUACCCACUAACAAUACCGUAAUCGUACUUACUCUAAUUAAUGUCAUGCCAUUUGCUUUCAAAACAAAAUACGAUUUACUUAAGUUUUCUGUACCAUGCAAAAUAAUUUGCAAUCUAGAUCUGUAGCUGGGU